AAGAGGAACGGUCGGCGACGGUGACGUUGGGUGAACAGCGAGCGACGACGUGAUGCUAGGGUUUAAAUUGGGUUUUGGGAAAACCGAAAAGAGGUUGCUCGGCAGACUUAGGGAGGGGAAUAUGGAUACAGGUUACGGUUGCUAAGGGCAGCAAACGAGGAAACGCCACUGUCCGAGCAAAGAUUUGGAAGGCCUGACGGGAAUCAGAGACCUUCUUCAACAAGUCGGAGUUGGAAGAGCCGACGAUCCCCUUAAAGAAAGCAAUACGCCUGAACCGCACAAGAUUUACCAUAUUAUUCGCUGUGCCGGACAGAUUGUGUCGAAGUUGUGGAGGAGAGGGUUCGCCAUAGACGAGGACUGGAUAAACCAGACGCUCAAGGCCGUACCCAGCUUACCCGAAGCGUAAACCGUAGCUAGUAUUUUUAUAGCCCUGAAAGUUGCAGUCCCCCUACUCUGCUGUGUUUGUCUUCCCCUACCUUCCAGUUCGGAAAGCUCCGCACGGUACCCCCUUCUUUCGGCGGGCAUGAUUAGGGGAGGUAAGAGCUUGGUGUCAACAGCACCAUCUUUCUCAAACGAUGGGAAGAAACUCCUCGUCUGCACAGGCAACUGUGUCUCCGUCUUUAGCACCUCCACUGCCUUGCAGGUAACAUCGUUGGAAGGACACAAGGCACUUGUUACAUCAGUUAUAGUCGUGCCUUCCAGCAGUAAAAUCCUUUGUUAUUGCUGGACUGCUUCGCUUGAUGGAACCAUUCGGUAUUGGGAUUUUUCAGUGCCUGAAUUGAUUAAGACCGUUGACAUUCGGUUGCCAAUUUUCUCCAUGGUGAUUCCAACUUUGUUAGGCCAACCAACCCAGACUCAGAACUAUGACAAACCUCCAAAUCUUUUUGCUUAUUUGUCUGUUGAAGAUGUAAACGUACAGGGUCACAAAGCUUUACGUGGACAAAUCCGGAAGUGUAACCUGACCGAGUCUCGUUUAGCUGGUGGGGUGACUUUGGCAGAGGUUCCAAAACCUGAGUUUAUAACUAUUAGUUCUUCAGGGAAGUUCUUUGGCAUCCAAAACAAGUGCAAACUUUAUAUAUGGAAUGUACCAGAAGGAGAUUCUGAGCGUGCUUUGGUCAAGAAGAUAAGACUGCAUCAUACGAAGAGCUUCACAGCUCUUGCAUUCCAUCCAACUGAGAGAAUUGUAGCUGCGGGUGAUGUAACUGGAAGAAUUUUAAUUUGGAGGGGAUUUGGUAAUAAAACAUUCUCUUUAGGUGACAGAGUGACGAAAGGACGAUCGUUGAAUACUGAGGACGAAAGACCUGGAGUUAGAGGAGAUGACGAUGCUGAUUCCUGCUCCACAUGGCAUUGGCACCCUGCUGAAGUGAUGGUCCUUUCUUUCUCUUCUGAUGGAGCCCAUCUGUUUUCAGGUGGAAGGGAAGGAGUUUUUGUGGUUUGGCAGCUUGGCACAGGGACAAAGAAAUUUCUACCACGAAUUGGAUCUCCACUUUUAUAUUUUAAAGAUUCACUAGAUCCUUCCCUUUCUGCUAUAUCUUGUGCAGAUAAUCAAAUUCAUCUACUAAAAAUGCCUUCAAUGGAAAUUUUGAAGACCAUUUCUGGUAUCAAGCUUCCUUGUUCUGUUCCAGAGAUGUAUCAAGGCUUCCGUAGUGGGCUUGCCUUUGAUCAAGAUGCUGGAUUAGUUGCCUUGCGCACAGAGAACUAUUGCAUCCAAUUCUACAGUUUGUUUGAUGAUCGUGGAGUUUCAGAGGUUCGAGUCUGUGAGAGAAAUCAUCAACCAGGCGAUGAUGUCACGAUUGUAGUGUCAUUAGUGGUUGUCUCCCCAGAUGGCGCUAGAAUGAGUACCGUUGAAACUAAGCUACCUGAAGAGGGGAUGGGGGGCCUUAUUUGUCUUAAAUUCUGGGCAUUGGGCUCACAGAGUGGAAAGUUCAUCUUGUCCACUAUAAUUUAUGAGCCUCACAGGGAUGCUGGUAUAUCUUCUGUUGCUUUCCGUUCUACCUGUCCCAUGGCUGUCAGUUCUUCUUAUGGCGGCGACUUUAAGAUUUGGGUCUGUAAUCAUGAGAUUCAGCUGAAGGAUCAAAUGCUGCAGAAUUCUGGAUGGACAUGCCAUGCUGUUGGUUCAUAUAAAAAGAAGCCAAUGACAGCUGCAACAUUUUCUGCUGAUGGUUCUGUUUUAGCUGUGGCUGCAGAAACUGUUAUUUCCUUAUGGGACCCGGACAAGAAUGUCCUACUGGCUGUAGUUGGGCAGACUCUCAUGCCAAUAGUGACUUUAUCAUUCAUCGGAAUGUCAGAGUAUCUUGUAUCAGUAUCACAAGGCUCAAGGCCUCAACUAUCUGUUUGGAGUAUGUCAAAGCUGUCAGUGCAUUGGUCAUAUAAACUUCAUGCUGAAGCUGUAGCUUGUGCAGGGGAUGAUUCCUCAUUUGCAGUUCUUGCCCAUCUACCUAAAUCAUCUAUGUGCGUGGAGUCUAAUGAAACUGCAUUUCAAGGAAGAGAUGGAGUAAUCCUAUUGUUUAAUGUCAGAGAUCCAGUUCCUGCAGCUAUGUGGUCUGUAAUGAAGGCAUCUGGAGGAGGACUUGCUUUUCUUAGAAAAUGUUCUUCCUUGCAAGUGAGUAAUGCAGAUCAAAAACCAACCCUCGGAUUGCUUGCAUAUAUAAAUGGUGAUCAUGAGUAUGUCAUUUUCGACCCAUAUGGCAAAGAACCACAUGAGAUUACCAUGACUCGUCGGGAGAAUCUCUCUGCUGUACAAGAAACAGGGGAGUUUGGGUAUGCAUCUAUAUACGGGGCGCUACCGGAGUUUGACAAGAAGAGAAGCCAGGCCCCAACUGUCCCACGCGUACCAGCUGAGAGGCCUUGGGAAACUUUAUUCAGUGGUUCAUCACAUAAUCUUCCACCUCUCCCUAAAUUGUGUUCAGCAUUCUUGGAAUCUUUGCUGGAAAAGAGAACUGCUCUAGUAGAGUGACUUCUUUACAUGCAACCACUUCAACAGAGGAAACAGGAAGGAGCAAAAUUAUUGUCUUAUUUUCCCCAUUUUUCCUGACACUGUUCUUGGGGAGAAAGAGGAAAGCCUUUGUUUGUACUGGCUGGAUACGGCAGCACAAUUUCAAGAAAGGUCUGUAUUGGCUACUGAAUGAUGACGAGGAAGAUAAGGAGGGCACAUACGGCAGCACAAUUCGGAGAAAGGUGACCUAUUGGAACACUAAGGUGCAGAAUCUACAAGAAGAUUUGUAAGUAGAAGCCAAAUAUUAGAAAAGAAAUAUUGUUGGGUUAAAGAAAUUUUGGAAUCUUGGGAGAAAAGUAGAAGCUGAAUUUUCUCAGCUUAGAAAAUUUUGUAAUUUUUAUAUAAUACAUGAGUUGAAAUCCUCUGUAUCGUUAGAUUAUGUUGAGGUCAAAUUUUUAGUAGAGAUUGUCUGCCAAUUUGAGAAAAGCUACGGCUUAUUAAUUUUA